AUGCCUGCGGCCACAACCGAAGCACCAGCCGUUGCGCUGUCUUUUGCCAACAACUUUUGGGGCAAAGAUGACGCCGGCGUCCAUCCUCUCUUGGAUCGCAUGGGGGCGGCCAAGCAAACGAAUGAUGAAUUGAAGUCGUUUUAUAGCGCCCGUGCCUCGCUCGAAGACGAAUAUGCCAAGAAACUGCUUAACCUUAGCAAGAAGUCUCUGGGCUCACAGGAGACGGGCAGCCUCAAAGCAUCGCUUGACACUCUUCGUGGCGAGGUUGAGAGUAUGGGCAAGCAGCAUCAAAGUAUUGCUGCGCAGAUGAAGACUGAAUUGGAAGAGCCACUGUCCGCUUUCGCUGGUGGCAUGAAGGAACGCCGCAAGAUUGUCCAGAACGUCAUUGAAAAGAUCUUGAAGACAAAGAUUCAACAGACACAGCAGGUCAACAAGACUCGAGACAAGUACGAACAAGAAUGCCUGAAGAUCAAGGGCUAUCUCGCCCAAGGCCAUAUGGUUAUGGGCCAAGAAGAGCGCCGCAAUAAAGCCAAGCUCGAGAAGACACAAAUCACUCUGGCGACAUCCAACACCGAAUAUGAAACCGCCAUCAAAGCUCUCGAAGAGACCACUGUAAGAUGGAACCGAGAAUGGAAAGCGGCGGCGGAUAAGUUCCAAGACCUGGAAGAGGAACGCCUCGACUUCACAAAGAGCAGCCUGUGGACGUUUGCCAACAUUGCCUCUACGGUUUGCGUCAGUGACGAUGCUUCUUGCGAGAAGAUUAGGCUCUCGCUGGAGAGUAUGGAAGUUGAGAAGGAUAUUACUUCUUUCAUUGCAGAGAGAGGCACCGGGCAAGAGAUCCCUGACGCCCCCAAGUAUAUCAACUUUCGUCGCGGCGAUGUUGAUAGCCAGUCCGAAGUUUCAGACGACGAUCAUUACUCAGUUGCUCAAUUCCCUCGCAGCAUCAAUCCCGCCUUCCGAUCCUCGUCGCCACAGCCAUCGACUUUCGAAUCUCACCAUGACCCCGCUUCCAACUUGGCAAACGAUCUUGCUCACCGAGACAGCAUGAUGCACCCGGGAAGCAGAGAAACUACAGUCACGCCUCAACGUGCACCGCCCAGCCAAGGCCGACCCUCUGUCGAUGAGCAGUUCCGUCGAGCACCCCCGCAGAUGAGCGCCCAGCAGUAUGAUAGCAAGCAGCAUGGACCAUUGGCUGCCGUGCCGCAUGACCCUUACCCUAUGGAUGGAAUGACCAUGCUUUGCCGUACUGGCCCACCCUCGGAUCUGAGCUCGCAGGUAACCUCUGCUAGACCGUCCAGCAGGGACUCGCACAGCGAGUAUUCCAACCCGAACUCUUUCUCCAGCGUUGAGCCUCCUAGUGGCAAGACCUCGCCCACCAAACACGACCCCGAGCCUGCUGUUAGUCCGGAAAAGCGAGUGUUCAAGAAGAAGAGCGGAUUCUUCCAGAACCAUAGCCCCUUUCGACGCAAGAGCACCAAAGAAGCCAACCCGGAAGGGAGCCGCAACACUUGGCAUGCUAGUGCUAGCUCCGGAAGCCCACGCAGACCACCGAUGUACAGCCAAGAGGAGCAGAGCAGACAUUCGGCCGCAAUGAGGGCCCCGAGCCCUGAGCCUAUCGAUGCCAACGCCAGUCUAGCGCUCGGCGUUGGUCAAAACGUGCUGCCAGUCUCAACGGCCGACACGCGACGCCGGGGUGGCCACACCCACGGUGCUAGUGUGGACGAGACUGAUCCCAUUGCUGCCGCGCUCGCGGAACUCAAGGUUGGCGGUAGCAAGGCCGGCUCUGUCCGGAUGUCCGCUGACCGCUACCACGGCGUCGCGACUCCGGCACCUGCUGGCCACGACGCUGCUGCUGCUACUCGCGGCACGCCACCAGCGUACAGCUCCCAAUCACAGGUCUCCAGGCUCGGAGUCCCACCGCCUGCGGUGACAUCGAAGGCUAUGAAACAAGCAUCCAAAAAGGUCGCCAGUCAGACGCGCAGCAUUUUCGGCGAAGAUAGCAGAGACAGCGGUAUGUCACCGAGCUCGCGUCCCGGAACUCGUACCGGCUACGACAUGCCGCGAUCGGCAUCUCCUGCUCCCACGCGAGGUGCAUCGCCGCAGCCCAGAAUGGGCCACGACCCUCGCUACCGGUCUGCCUCUCCUAACCCUCGAACCCAGCACCAGCGAGGCGGCUCGCAGCCGCACAACGAUUCAUAUCGCCACGCUUCUCCUCAUGGCUCCAUGCAGGGCUCGGUUAGGGGAUCAUCGCCCGCGUCCUAUGCGGACUAUGGCGCCCGUCCUCACAGCAGCUAUGGUGGCAGUGACAUGGCAGUGCAGCUUGCGCCUGUGGAUGGGGACAUGUACGAUUCCAAGCGCGGCAGAGGAGGCGAUUCCCGCGCCAUGGGUUUAUACGAAGGCAAUUCCCGCCCGCGCAGCAAGAGUGUAGUGGAUUCUUCUCGGCAGUACACGCGAGACGGCAGGGUGAUUCUGCACUUUGCACGUGCUCUCUACAUGUAUCAGGCGGCUAUCCCAGAAGAGCUUGGAUUCGCUAAGGGCGAUGUCCUUGCUGUUCUACGACACCAGGAUGAUGGCUGGUGGGAGGCUGAGUUCAUGCGCGGCAGCUACCACGGCGUAAAAAUGGAAACACUGCGGGACGCGAUUCGGACUCUCACAUCCAAGCCGAUGCAGCGGGCGGUCGUCAAUGCGACUCUGCUCGCGUCGGGAAUCGGCACGCUGCUAGGUCUCGCCGCAAUCUCAUCGGCCCUGUUCUUUCAGAUCUACCUCCCGCAUCAGGUCGUGACUGCGCCUGUAUACCUGCAAUAUGGAUCGAGCCCGAACCCGUAUGGCGUAGCCCCAUUGCCGCCGUCGCGGAUGAAGUCCUUGCAAGACUACGACGUCUCCGUUACCUUUACGAUGCCCCGAUCGCCAGCGAACCUCGACCGCGGCAACUUCAUGGUCAGCCUGCACCUGAUUGACUCGCGCGACCAGAAUACCGUUGGGGCUCGGGCCGACGAGUUUGCCAGAAGCCACGUCGGAUUUGGCGUAAAUAAAGUGCUCUUCAGCUCUCGCCGCCCGGCGUUGGUGCCUUACGCGGAUCCGCUGGUGUCUCUGACCUCUCGCAUACUCUUCAUAGGCUACCAUUUGCUUUCGUCGAAUUCCCAGCGACACACGAUGACGGUGAAACUGGCCGAGCGCGUGUCAUUUGCAAAAGAUUCACUGAAGCCAGCCGCCGCAUACAUUGAAGUGGAGGCCGGACAGGAUAUUCAGAUCUACAACACCCAGCUGACUCUCACGGCGCAGCUGCGCGGACUACGUUACCUCAUGGUCCACUACCGGCUGCUAACUUAUAUCGUUUUUACGCUGCUAUUCUGGUUUUUCGAAGUCUUAUUUAUGAGUGCCGCCUGGUCGGCCUGGAGUUCCUAUACCUCUAUGCCCGCAGACGGAGGCAAGCUACGGAUUAAAGGAUCAGCGCGUGGAGACGCUACCGACUCGGGCGACGACCUUGACCAUGAUGAUCGUGGCGAAGACGACGAGGACGGCGACGAGGUGGUGCGAAGCCGCGGUGUCAAGUACGGUAGCUCUAAAUUCUCCAAAAGAGAGCUCGGCAUUAAAGGGGAGGAAACACCUGAGCGGUCUUUGGCUGAUAUUCCGGUCGCCGGAGCUGAAGCGGACGACGAAGACGAUUCGGAGGAGGAAGAAAGAAAGUACCAAGCUACGUCUGGAAAGGGCACGAGCUAUAGGAAGGAGGGCACCGAGAGUGUGCGUCGGAGAGCCUCACAAGGAGUUGCAUAG